AUGGAUGAAGCACAUCCAUUAAGUACUCCCAUGGUUGUUCGAUCACUUGAUGUGAAUAAAGAUCCGUUCCGACCUCAAGAAAAGAAUGAGGAAAUUCUUGGUCCUGAAGUACCAUAUUUUAGUGCAAUUGGUGCGCUAAUGUAUCUUGCCAAUACGACAAGGCUUGACAUAUCAUUUUCAGUUAAUGUGUUAGCAAGAUAUAAUUGUGCUCCUACAAGGAGACACUGGAACGGAAUUAAACACAUAUUGAGGUAUCUAGAAGGGACUAUCGAUUUGGGCUUAUUUUAUUCUAAUAAUUGCAGUCCCAAUCUUGUUGGUUAUGCCGAUGCAGGGUAUUUAUCUGACCCACACAAAGCUAGAUCUCAACCAGGCUAUGUGUUUAUAUGUGGGGGUGUUGCUAUAUCUUGGCGAUCUACAAAGAAGUUUAUCGUAGCUACCUCAUCAAAGCAUGCUAAGAUAAUUAGCAAUUCAUGA